AUGACUCGGCCCUGUUGGAGUGCCGCCGGACGCUGCCUCGAGAUUUCAGAACCACCAUGGCGAUCUACGGACACCGUACAACACUUAUCCGGACUUAGAAUCGCGUUUGAGGAUUUCUACUUGGUGAAUUAUCACUCAGGAUACGUUUGUAUCCUGGCAAAUCGUUUGCUUCGGCAUUCAAUUUGCCAGAGUGUGCAGGAUUCCACAGUGGAGCAGUUGAUACAGGUGGGACCCCCUGGAACGGAGUCUGGGCCAAUGUUGCUUGGAAUUCGUGUCAAAACUAGAGUCGCUCUGGAGUUGCUUUUGUUAAAUAAAUGUACAUAGAUUUUUGUAUUAUUUUGAAAUUGUAAUUUUUGUAUAAGGAUAAAUAGGGGCCUAAUAGUUUGUAAAAUUCAGUGUAUUUUUGGGUUAAUGCUUCCGAAAUUCCUUGGAAAAUCGGGGCGU